AUGAACAAGAAAAACGCGCACAUCUUCAACGUGAUCUACGGCGUCGUCGAGUCGGAAGACAUUAAAUUCAAGGACUUCGAGAAGGCGAUGAACAGCCUUGGCGCGCGCAAGAGCACCAGCGGAGGCUCUUUUCACUCAUUCACAGCGCCGUGUUGGAAGGGCACCGUGCACGUUCAUCAGCCGCACCCGUCCGACCACUACACAAAGAAGAACGUGGGGAGGCUCAAGGCCCAGUUGGAGUCCAGCGGAUUGACCCACCGGGUCAUUCGCCGUGAGGCCCGCAAGGCGGGCAUCCUCAUCCCGAAGUUGCCGUCACAGUAA